GAGGCGUGGUUUCGGCCCAGUUAUAGUAGAGUUAGAGGAAAGACUGGCUUCCUGCUUUACACUGAGUGCACGCGCCUUUUUGCGUCUCCUUCUUCUUCUUCUACAUCGUGGUCUCGCGAGCGAGCAAACACCAGUUAAUCUGAGCCAGGCGCCUUCGGAACACACGCGUUUAUCAAGUUGAUCUGCGGUCUCGCGCUGCCGCUACUCAUCUCUUGUUCCUGUAGCUCGCGCGCAUGGCCGGUGACCAUUUUAGGAGCUGAUGCAACACGCGCUUCGUCAUUACGCAAUCUGCUGCCGGAGUUACACACCCUGAUACACGGCAGGUCAUAAACCCUGCACUGGAGAACUCGUGCGCGCGUGUGUGUGCGCGCGCGUGCGUGUGUGUGUGUGUGUGUGUGUGUAAAGCUUCAUCAUGGUUCUGUCUGUGCUGCAAGCCUUCGGGAAAAAGCUGCUACGUGUGAAAGUGGUGGAUUGCAGCACCGAGGAGUCACGUCUGUCACGCUGUCUCAACACGUUUGACUUGGUGGCGCUUGGUGUGGGCAGCACACUCGGCGCUGGCGUGUAUGUGCUGGCAGGUGCCGUAGCGAGGGAAAAUGCCGGUCCUGCCAUUGUGCUCUCGUUCCUGAUCGCUGCUCUGGCCUCAGUCAUGGCAGGGCUGUGUUACGCUGAGUUUGGAGCACGAGUGCCCAAGACCGGAUCGGCGUAUCUGUACAGCUACGUGACCGUGGGAGAGUUGUGGGCCUUCAUUACUGGCUGGAAUCUCAUCCUGUCAUACAUCAUAGGGACAUCCAGUGUAGCUCGAGCCUGGAGCGCCACAUUCGAUGAGCUCAUAGGGAACCGAAUCGAGAUGUUCUGCAGGAGCCAUAUGAGUAUAAACGCGCCUGGGAUUUUAUCCCAGUACCCAGACAUAUUCGCUGUGAUCAUCAUCCUCGUUCUUACUGGGCUGCUGGCAUUUGGAGUGAAGGAGUCUGCUAUGGUGAAUAAAGUGUUCACCUGUGUCAACGUGCUGGUGUUGGUGUUUGUCGUGAUCGCGGGUUUUAUCAAAGGAUCCCUCAAAAACUGGAACCUGAAUCCAGAAGAGAUCCUUAACAGAAGCUUGAGUGAAAAUGAAACUGGACCAGUGCCUUCACCUGACAGUCUGGGAGCAGGAGGGUUUAUACCAUUUGGAAUAACUGGAGUUCUCUCAGGUGCUGCUACCUGCUUUUAUGCUUUUGUCGGGUUUGACUGCAUCGCAACAACAGGAGAGGAGGUAAAGAACCCACAGAGGGCCAUCCCUAUUGGUAUUGUGGCCUCGCUGCUCAUCUGCUUUGUGGCCUAUUUCAGCGUCUCUGCAGCUCUUACUGUGAUGAUGCCCUAUUACCUGUUGGAUAAGAACAGCCCGCUGCCUGUGGCCUUUAAAUACGUGGGUUGGGACGGAGCUAAGUACGCUGUGGCAGUCGGAUCACUGUGUGCCCUCUCUACCAGUCUACUAGGCUCCAUGUUCCCAAUGCCCAGAGUUAUAUGGGCCAUGGCUGAGGAUGGGCUGCUCUUUAAGUUCUUGGCAAAGAUCAACGACAAAUCCAAAACCCCUUUAAUGGCCACUGUGAUCUCAGGCAUAGUGGCAGCUGUGAUGGCUUUCCUGUUUGACCUAAAGGAUUUGGUGGAUCUCAUGUCCAUUGGGACAUUGCUGGCGUACACCCUCGUGGCUGCCUGUGUCUUGAUUUUGAGGUACCAGCCGGAGCAUCCCCGUGUGAACGUGCAGUAUCAGAUCGCCAGGACUCAGGAGGAUGCCAAGCCUGACUCCAUUAGUGAGGGCAGUUCAAAUUACCUGACUGAACCUCAGGACAACUGCACACUCCACAACCUGCUAUUCCCUAAAAACACAAAGCCCUCACGGCUGUCUGGCUUUACGGUCAACGUCUGCAGCAGCGUAAUAGGUGUGUUGGUGUGUAUUUUCUGUAUUGUCGCAGUACAGGGUGCAUUUCAGGUCUGGGUUCUGGCUGUGAUGGGAAUCCUAGCUGGAAUAUGUCUGCUCUUGUGUCUGUUAAUCUGGCGGCAGCCUGAGAGCAAAACCAAGCUAUCCUUUAAGGUCCCUCUGCUCCCUUUCCUGCCUGUGCUGAGUAUGUUCAUUAAUAUCUACUUGAUGAUGCAGCUGGACAAAGGCACCUGGCUGCGUUUUGCCAUCUGGAUGGCAAUCGGCUUCAUCAUCUACUUUGCCUACGGGAUCAGAAACAGCACAGAAGGCACAUUGGCCAGUAAUGGCACAGAAGACAACUCAUUUGUUACAGGCAAAUCAAUAUAUAAAAGGAAAAAUGGACCUCCUACACCAGAGAAAGAGGCCUUUCUCAACCAUCGUGUUAACGUAAACAACGAAGAUGAUGAGGAGGAAGACGAAAGUGACUCCUAAGGAUGCUCUAAUGCCUUCUGGUCUUCAUGUUGGACAGCAAUGAAAAGGAAAGUCAGGAUUUUUGCAGGCUGAUACGGACUGGUCGUUUUGCAAUGUGAGGUUUAGCGCAUUCAGGGAAUCAUUGGUUAUAUUCAUGAGUUUUACUGUUUUCCUACAGUGCUGCUGACUGAUCAUUUCUCGUCUCGGGUGUAUGGUAUAGUUUAGAAUUCUUUGUCAGUACUCAUGAGUGCCAUAUAACUUGGUUUUAAUUGAUGUUGCCAAAUUGUUUGCCUUAUGUAAGUCAGAAAGUUUUGAAUCAUGUAUAUUGUGAGGUGUUCAUGAGCAGCAGCUGUGUUCCUCUGUCCUGGGUGUAUAUAUGGAAUUGCACUAUAUAUAGGAAAGCCACUCUAGUUGUUACAUCACUUGAUAUCACCAGAUGGGUUUUCCCAAGGGAGAAUGGAGAUCUUUUUUUUUUUUUUUUUUGUGUGUGUGUGUGUGUGUGUGUGUGUAGUUUGCAGUUUUCUCCUUUCUGUGAAAAUCCAGGGUGAUUUUGUAAAUGAUUAGCAUUAUAAGUAAGAGGCAGUAAAGAAAAUGCAAAUGUGGGGUAAUGUAGGAAAAUGUGCAUUAAUUGAGCAUUUGGAGAAAACAUAGUUGCAGGGUGGUCUUGUUCUGUAAGAUAUUUUUUGUAAAGGUCUAAUGUUUGUGUGUGCAAAUUAAUUAUUUGUUUGUAUUAUGAUAUGAACUUUGGUUUUGGGAUUAAUGUAUUAUUUAUGGUACAUCAUGCGUGUAAUUCAUUUGAGCCACCUACUUGUUCAGUGUAUUCUGGCAGUCUUUUUAAGAAAACAUGCACAUCAAACUCUGUCUCCUAAAUGUUUUAUUAUUACAUGAAACUUCGCGCGCAUGUUUAAGUUGUCUUUGAUUGUGCAUGCUUUUUUAAAAUUGUUUUUCUGCUCAAACACUACGAAACAAAAUCCUUACAAUUUCAUGACAAAAACAUAGAAGCCUGAAAUCUUUUAUGGUUUGUCACUUUCAGGGAAAGUUUUAACAGCUCUGUGUACAAGACUACAUCAAAGUUUUUCAAAUUAAAAUUUUCCAUGGAUCUCUUCAUGACAUCACGGACCCUUUGAAUGGAGGCAAAACAAAAUGUCUGAUAACAUAAUGAAAUUUGCAAAAUGUAUAUUAUUACCAUUUGUUUUAAUAAAAAAGCCAGUUGUACAUAC